AUGCUCGUUUUCAAUCCUCGUAAACGCAUCACAGUCGAUGAAUGUCUGGAGCACCCUUUUUUCAAGGGAAUUCGAGGGACUGAAACUGUUGCUAAAGAUCAGGUUUUCCUGCAAUUUGAGCUCGAACCUGAACUUGAUGAAAUGCAACUCCGCAAGUACUUCAUAAUGGAGAUGCAGAAGUUCCAUCCGGAUGUACGAUGUACCAAUGCCCGCCAGGUUCCAACGCUCGUAGGCUACUCCUAA